GGUCGGCACACGGGAUCCGUUGGGGGUCGGUGGUCGCGCCGCAGCUGCGAAGUCGGGUUACUAGUAAAUUUCGCAGCAGUUUGUUUUUAUUUGGUUUAUCUGAGAGAUCGGCAAUCCAUCAGAUGUGGCCGGCCAGGAUGAGAGAGGGAGAGAGAGUGGGCUCGGUUUGAGUCCGUUCUGCGUCGUCGCUUGUUGACCCAGAUGUUUCGACGAUUUAGAUUCUGACUCUCUUGUCCAGGCAGGAAGAUGCUACUCGCUUUUCUUUCAAUCACGUUGAUUUGAGUCGGUGCUUUCAUUCAUUCAUCUAUCCAUCUAAUGACUGACACUCACAUAAAAAAUUCAUUUGAAUGUAGACGAUCGUAUCUAGGAAACGUUGUGAUAUUAUAAUGUUUAUAUAUCAAGUUGAGAAAAUAUAUAUCGAAUUGGUUUUUCUUCAUACAUAUUUUCUUUGAGUUAAGCACAUGGAUGGACGUUCUCGAAGAAGCACCCUGUAACUGAAGUAUGCCGGAAGUUGCGGGAGGAGCGUCCGACGCAGCAACGGGGAGCGGGGCAGGAAACAAACGUACAGGUGGCGCUUCAGGCUCUGAAAAUCCUCCAGCAAAAAAAGGUAAGCGGGCGUCACCCUCAGACGACCUCAGCUUCGACUUUACAAGCAGUGUAGCCAACGAUCUGCUCGAGCAGCCGGCUCGAGGUCGCCCGAGGUCUGCGCCGCGGACGAGCAACAGCACGGUAUCGAGUAAGGCAAGCAAUAAGCAAACUGAUGGGGCUUUUGGAGCAAACAGCAAGUUAGGAGGUGGAACAUUUGCUGGAAGUAAAGCUACUGCGAACGCUUCGGCUAAAAGUAACAUUGCGACGCAUAAGUCAAAAAAUACGGGUGGAGCAGAUGGGGGUGUUGGGAAUAAGGGCACAACAACAAUUACUACAGGCGCUGGAGGAAAUGCGUCGUACCCUCGGAGCAAUAACGCGGGUGCGUCGUCCAUUCCAACGCGAACUGGAACCGCAGGAGGCGCAGGACCACGCUCUGGCAAGGCAGCUACAACAGGACCAGCGACGACUUUUGGCCGCGUAGGUCACAGUUCAACGUGGGCUCCUCCGUCGGCUUCAACAUCUGCCGCCCGGGCGGCGCCAGUGUCCAAGCGUGUCGGUCGGCCAGCUACGCAAGCCAGCAUGCUCAGCAAACCACGCUCUACUUCAGCUCCUAGUCCUCGAGGUCGCGAAGCUGCUGCUUAAGGCUUCCUUUCCAAAAUGAUUUCGGGGGGUGCGUGAAAUGUUUAGCCCACGCCUGGGUCUGAUCAGUGUCUGACAACUCUUCGGUCUUCCAGUAACUUACAUCGUCCAGGAUGUCGAUGAGGUUUCAACUGCAAUGUAUUGAUUCUUCAUGUGUAGAUCGUGCUGUAGUACGUUAACGUUUAUAGUAUUAUGUUCUUCUUAGGAAUCUGUACCUGAAUCUGGUUCGUCUGUUGUAGAAGUCUGACUUAUUGCCUCUAAGGCCUCUCGAAUCUCGCAAACAACAGCGAUCGCAGAAACAAUGGGACGACACUCACCAAUCGGCCAACAGCGAAUAUUACAAGCAGCAGAACAGCAGGCGGCAGUAAGAAUAAGCCCGUGACAUCAUUGGCGUCCCGCAGUCGCGCGACCGCGGUGACCAAGACUGGCGGGAACCAGUCGCCUCGGGGCAAGGCCCCGGGUGCUGCAAGCAGCGGAAGCAAGUUGAAUAUCUCUUCAAACUUGUUAGCAGUACCAAAAGAUAAGACCUCCAACAUUAUUCGUCAAUAUCAUUAUCAACCCAGUUUACCUGACGCAGUCGUGUAAUCUUGCUAUGUGAAUGCGUACGACAUGAUUUAGUAGAAGUCGACGGUUUUUGAUGACGAAGUAGAACAAAUAUACGGACAGUCUUAGAUAACGCGCAACGUGGGCACACGAAUGAACCUGCAGUGGUAUGGACUAUCAUAGCUCCUUAAGCUCUAAGAAAUCCGGAACGGGCAUCUUUGGCCCCGGAUCUAGAGGCGGUUCAAGAGCCGGGUCAAGGGAGAACUCCCCCGCCGCCUCACCCAAAGCUGGCGCAAAAACCAAGGAUUCGGGAGCGGAGUAUGUUUUUCCUUUAGAGUUAUUGGAAAUUCUCAUUAUCAAAUAGGAAUUUACCGAAGCGGAUGAGCAUAUCUAUCAAGUUGAUUCAUUAUAUUCUCUUUCUCUGCAGCAUGGAAUAUUCGAAUUACAGCACUCGUCGUGAUACCACUUCACCAUGCAAUUAUUAAACAUUUCGUUUUUUUUAUGCAAUUGCAAACACCAGGUUAGCGAGGGAGCGCAGUCCCAGACGGGCUUGGUCGAUGAUGGAUGGUGCAGGUCUUCCGAAGUUGGAUUUAAGUAUGGAUUUGGAUAUGGCGCUAGGAUUUCACUCGAUGAAGGGAAAGCGUGACGCGAAUGAAGAUGCACACAUACAAAUCGACAGUUUCUCAGAGACGAGCUGGGAGCACCUAGGACUGAAAGCGACGAAGGACCAGCCAAUUCGGAUGUAUGGAAUUUUCGAUGGACACGGCGGCUCACAUUGUGCAAAAUUCAUCGCCAAGAAUCUCCCCGACAAGCUCCGGGAAAUGUUCAACACCAUGAACAAGAGGAGCACCAACUCGAAUUUCACCCAAGACCAGAAAUGCCAGAUGGCAAUUAUUUUCGCAUUCGAGCAGUUGGAUGUGGAUUACAUCAGCAACCACCUGGGCAGCGAUGCCGGUUGCACAGCAGUUGUUUGCUUGAUAGACACGCUCCAGAAAAAAAUCCACUGCUCGAACAUCGGGGACUCGCGGGCCAUAAUUUUAAGAAAUUGGCCAUCUGGUUGAAUCAAUUUCAGUGUAGAACUAGAGGUUUUAUUUAGUUUAGUGCCUAAGCGUAAGCCAAUUUGAUGGUGGAAGGUACGCCUAACAAGGAUUUUGACUUUCGUGGUGUAUCUUCUUCUUAUACUACGUUUUUCUACCAGACGUUGACAAAAGUAGUUCUUGUAGUUUUUUGUUUUUGCGUGUGCUGUGCGUAAAGCAAGCAUCAUGGUACAACACGUGAAUGGAAAUUUGAGCGAGCUAGACAACAUUAGAGCAAGAUUAUGAUCAUGCAUGUCUGUGUAGCGUUCAUGCAGUGGGCGACGAGCGAAUGCGCUAGCGCUGAGCCGGGAUCAGGACCCAGAUAAUGAGAUCGAGAUGGCAAGGGUCCAUGGAGCCGGCGGCAAGGUCGAUAAGGAGGGCUACAUCAAUGACGCUGUGAACAUGACGCGCUGCCUCGGCGAUAACCAUGGAAAGUUCAAAUGGACCGUGAAGGAGAAAGACGGAUGGUUUUCGCGGUCAUACGCGUUAGCUACUGCGCCAGAGGUGAAGAUGAUCCAGCUCACAUCAACCCAUCAAUUUCUCAUAUUAGGCCAGAAACUCGCAGCUACUUAGGUGCAUGCAUAGGUAAAUGCCAAAAACUAUCCUAGUAAGGUCCAGAAUUCAACGCUGGUCUUAUUUGGUUACACUCUUACAGAAGUUGCCGAAAUGAGCGAAUAGAAGCCGGUCUCUAUGAUUAUGAUCUACUAGCUUUGAAUUUACUAGUGAGCAGUAUGAAGGGUAAUCUCGCAAAUCGCCGCUCGUUUCGUCUAACCUCUCUUUGCUGCGACGGGCUCUUCGAAGCUGGCUGCUUCACCACGACGACCAUUUGCAAUGAAGCGCGUCAAAAAUUGGUAGAAGGAAAAACCUGCCAACAAACGGCGAAAGAGCUUUGUCAGCGGGCCCUCGAUAUGGGCUCUCAUUACGGCAUAAAGAAAUCAAUGUAUCCCAUUCUAGACUAGGGUCUAUGUGCAAAUCUGAACCUGACUAGUUGCCAGCUGCAGGCCCAAAAUAGAAUGAGUAGACAAUGCAACCUAAUAAAUAGGUUCCAACCUUCCUCUUCGAGUUUUAUUGCUACCUAAGAUUCUAUCACUAUUUGAGUAAAGAAGGGACGCGCCUGUCUGGGAUGCUUUGUCUUUCUACAACCGCCCUAAUCUCCGGACAACGUCUCGGUGAUGCUGAUCCUCUUCGAAUCAUCCUGAACGAAGAUGUUGCUCUGGCACUAGUAGUAGUAGCUCUAGUUUGCACAACUACGAGUAAGUGGUGUUUACGUAGACGUGCAAGAUUGCACGAAUCACGAGAAGUACGCAGCUACCCCAAGGCUUGUACCUCAGACGUCUAGGUACAAUUUACAUUGAGGAAACGAGUGAUGAUCUUAGUUUGUGAUUUUGUCCCCUUGCAGCUCCACACGCCGCUGUCAGUGGGUGACGGAAAUAUGUGUAUUGCUUUUGUGGGAGAACUUCAAGGGCUUACUUUUGCUAUAGAUAGUGAAGUGGAAAAAAGUGUGUUGGCACUUUUCAAGAAUAAUUCGUUGAUGCGCUAAUCAAAGCCGUGUAGUAUUGUAAUAAGAUAAGCAUCCAACUUAGACGCAUUCGGCAUUUUUCGCGGGCGUAUGUCUCGUAGUUCAAUGCUGUACGUAGUUUCAGUUUACUAGUCUUCAACAAUUACAGAAACACAAAGAACUCAGUCUUAUUUGUCGACGUGGAGGAAGCCGGAAGGAAUACAAGCUCAUCAUGUCAACUACGUUAACGGACGGCAGUAUGAUGCAUGGCAGGUCGUUGCCUAUUCUCCAAUUCGUCAUCUCCUGCUGUGAAUCCGGCCAUGGCGCUUGAACAUGCGGCAUUCAUAUUACCUUUAAGUGAUUGUUCUC